AUGGAGUCGCCACACAAAGAACGGUUCGAGGCGCUCUUGGACUGGGCCCAUAAGCACGGCGCAAGUCUGCACCCUUUGCUUGAGGUGUACGAGGACGAGGUCACAGGGUUUUCGCUACGCGUCAAGCCAUCGGCCACUGAAUUACUAGGAAGUGGCUUCAAGGCCGUCUCCUGCCCGACCUCCAUCACACUCUCUUACCUCAACGCUCUCACUGACGGACCCAUUACACCGUCUUCAACGACGCUGGCUCCCAACACUGAAAAUCCUGCAUUUCCGGAGCGUUUCAUGAACUCCCUCCCGCCCCACGUCAUCGGCCGCUUCUACCUGAUUCAGCAAUACCUCAAGGGCAAGUCCUCAUUCUGGGCGCCCUACAUCUCCACCCUGGCCGACCCCAGCCAGCUUGACAAGUGGGCACUGCCUCCCUUCUGGGCCGAAGACGACAUCGAACUGCUCAAGGGCACCAACGCUUAUGUCGCCAUCCAGGAGAUUCAAAGCAACGUCAAAUCCGAGUACAAACAGGCGCGCAAGAUCCUUAAAAAGGAAGGCUUCCCCGACUACCGUGAUUACACGCAGGUGCUCUACAAUUGGGCGUACUGCAUGUUUACCAGCCGCAGCUUUAGGCCUUCGUUGGUCCUGUCGGAGUCGGCGAGGGAGUACGUCGAGCGGCUGCUGCCGGAGGGAUCAAAGAUUGACGACUUCUCCAUCUUGCAGCCCCUGUAUGACAUUGGCAAUCACUCCUGGGAUGCCUCGUAUACAUGGAACCUUACUUCAGAGCCAAGCGCGUGCGAACUGAUCUGCAACGAUAGCUAUGGCCCCGGUCAACAGGUUUUCAACAAUUACGGGUUCAAGACGAACAGCGAGUUGUUGCUAGGCUAUGGCUUUAUCAUUAACCCCAAAGACCUCUCUGCUGGUGUCAAGAACCAAGAGACAUGGAGGCCGCAUAACGAUUAUAUCCAUGUGCGAAAGAGGCAACAUCAGGGCGAUACGCAGGGCAAGGGCGGCGAGCCGCAGGAUUUCUUAAUCUGUCGCGAGGACUUCUGGGAGGGCUAUUCCUGUAGGAAUCGCAUGGGAUCUGAUUUUGUGCCCAACGCGCUUCAUUAUCAGCCGCAUUUCAGCCACUGGGAUGGCAGGCUUAUCAAUGACAUGGUGUCGAUGAUGGCUACCCCGAAGCAGUGGGAGUUGUUUAAGAAAUUGCCAGAUCAUAGCCUCGGCGAUGGCUCUCUUGGGGAGGAGCUGGACCCGUUAGUGGACAUGCUAAAAGCUACAUUGGCGCAGAAGAUUGAGAGGGACUUUGUCGAGUUCUGUUAUGGCAGGCCGAACGGAGGAGAAGAGUGGGAGCCGGAAACUGAGCGACAGGACUUGGUGCGACGGUACAGGGAUGGAUAUGAGAUGGUUUUUGUCAACGUGCUGAAGGCAUUCAAGUAUUCCGAGGAACAAAUCAUGGCGCUUAAGGCGGCAGCGCAGGAGGAGGUGGGAGACGAAGAGGAGGAUGAGGAGAUGGAGGAUGGCAACUGA